CUUUCUCCUCUCUUUCAAUCAUGGCGGACACGGUGGGUGAUGUGCUCUCCCAACUAAAUGAAUCCCUCAAAGAAGCUAAAAAUGAGACCGAAAAAUAUCGGGCGACACCCGCGGGAAUGGCUGUGGCAUACUCUAGCAUAGUAAUCAUGGCCCUUUUUCCCAUUGUGUAUGGUUCUUUCAAGUCAGUGACGCACCAACGCAAGCAAAAGGAGUCUGGAGAGAAGCCAGAGACAAUGACACGGAAGGAUGCAGCAAUGUUUCCUGUAAUAGCCAGUGGAGCACUGUUUGGACUGUAUAUAUUCUUCAAGCUAUUCUCAAAGGAGCACAUAAACCUUCUUUUGGCUGGCUACUUCUUCCUGCUUGGGAUCAUGGCCCUCGCUCAUAUCAUGAGCCCGUCAAUGGAUCGUGUUUUACGAAAAGUCUUACCCACCAAGCUAUAUCAAUGGGAAUACCAUCUCUCCUUCCAAGCGUGCCCCACGAGUGAGGGUGAAAAUGAGGAAAUCUUCGACUACCGUUUUAAUUACAGUGAUGUUAUCUGCUGGGUCUGCUGCGCCCUCCUUGGUGUCUGGUACCUCUGGAAAAAGCACUGGAUUGCAAACAACCUGUUUGGUAUUGCAUUUGCCAUCAAUGGCGUGGAACUGCUGCACAUCAACACAGUCGCCACAGGGUGCAUUCUUCUAGGUGGCCUUUUCGUCUAUGACGUGUUUUGGGUCUUUGGCACAGACGUCAUGGUUACUGUUGCAAAGUCAUUUGAAGCCCCCAUCAAAUUGGUCUUCCCACAAGAUUUCUUGGAGAAUGGUUUAGAAGGGUCAAAGUUUGCCAUGUUGGGUCUUGGCGACAUUGUCAUUCCGGGUAUUUUCAUUGCACUGCUUCUCAGAUUUGAUGCAACGCUCAAUCGCAAGACUCACGUAUACUUCACAAGCAGUUUCAUUGCUUAUAUAGUUGGGCUCGGUACAACAAUAUUCAUUAUGAUGUACUUUGAGCAUGCGCAGCCUGCACUUUUGUACCUGGUUCCAGCCUGCGUGGGUGUGCCUCUGACUGUGGCCCUUGUCCUUGGUGACAUAACCGCCAUGUUUAAGUACGAGGACCACCCAGCUGUUGAAGCAGGACAGAAAGAAGUAGAAGACGAUGUGGACGAGAAACAGACCAUAAAGAAAACCACUGAACCGGAAAAGAGGCGUUCGCCACGGAUCAACUCGUCACAGGACGGCAAGAAGGACAAAUGAGCACAAUAGAAUAACUCUAAAUUCAGCCAUUCAUCAUCAGCGGCGCAGACAUAUUUCUGCUCAUGCUUCGUUUGUCACCCAUGUUCGUCAUCAGCAUUGCUCUGUUGUUACACUGACUGUAAAGGACCUGACUUUUUUUAUAGUAUAUUUUCUUUCGCAAUUUUUUUUAGCCUCAGACGCACCAAAAUGCUGUUAUAUUUCCUAGUAUUCCUUUUGCGAUCAACCAUUGCUGGGACUAUUCGAUGGAACGUUUGAGGCUCCUGUCGACAUGUUUCUAAAUAAAUAUUUGUCUCCGAA